UGCUAAACAUUUUCUACAGACGAGUGUGAGGAGACGGGGCUGGAUCUCACCUGAAGCUGAUCCAACCACCAUCCAGCAUGAAGCCCAUCGCCUUGGAGCUGCAGCUGCUGCUUACUCUGCUGGGAUGUAGGAUGUGCUGGAUGCAGGUGGCGAACAGCAGUACGACUGCUUACAACAAUACAACUGCCUGCACCACCAAUAACACAUCCACAGACCAAAACACCACCAGUGCUGUCAGCUGUAAUUGGAGUACCAACAGCACCAACAAUUACACCAGCAAUAUGACAAACACCAGUGGAGGUGGAGGUACCAGCAGUGGUGGAAGCGCUGGAAGUGGAGGUGGUACAAGUGGUGGAGGUACCGGCAGCGGUGGUACCAGCAGCGGCAGCGGUAGUACCAGCGGUGGCGGUGGUACCAGCGGCAGUGGUAGUACCAGCAGUGGCGGUGGCGGUACCAGUAAUGGAGGUCCCAACAGCGGAGGUACCAGCAGCCACAGAAGUACCAGCAAUGAAAUCCUGUCCAAAAGUCUUUUUCUCAGCUGUAUUCUUCUUAAGGUCAUUUAAAGGUCAAGCAAAGCAAAACCACUGACCGCCAAGCUAAUUGGUACGCAAUCAUGUACUACUGUUAUUUGAUUUUCACCAUUUUUAUGUAAAGCUAAAUAUUUUCUAUACAUAAAGUGCUAACUCUGAAUGUCUGUAACACACUUUUCACUUGUAAACUGGAACUUAAUUAACAACAUCAACUGUUAAUCAGAAUUAUGACCAAAAAGCAGCAACAUUUCUGAUAUUAACAAAUGAAUGUUUGUAAAACUCUCUUAAUGGAAAAUUCAAAAUGUCAACAGAUUGUCAAUUUCUAAACAAAAGGAGUGGCAUUAUUUGUUCGUUACCAAGUUCGAAUUUAAAGAUAUCCAGAAUUAGAAUUGCUUGAAAAUGUUUGAUUAUAUUUUCAAUGUGGUUAGGUUGAAGGAUUACUUUACCUUAGAGAUAAGCUGUUUUAAAAACAGGUUGUACUAAAAAAUGUUGAAACAUAGGUAGUUUGUAGUCGAAUGCAUGUUGAUGUGGGAUCAGUGAUUUUCCAAAUGACCUCUACCGGUACAUUCUUUUUCUGUUAACUGUUUCUGUGUGAAAACAUGCAGUGGUUCUGUUAGUAUUGUGAAUAUUUAUAAGAUGCAUACUUAUUAAUAAAUAAAGUAUGUUCAGUCAA